AUACUUAAUUUGCUUUCUAUUUAAAUUUUCUCUGGCCUGUAAGUAAUACUGGCUUUUCUAUAGUGAGUCAGCGUGUGAAAACCUGAUAGGUGAGGGGAAGUUAAAGUGGAAAGAACCUUUUAGGAGGAAAACUGUUUUUACGAACCUCUGCUUGGAGGAGAGGACAGGUAUUCCCCUAGAAGGAGUCGGUUAGUCCUGCUGGAGGACAACUUAGCCGCUCAAGGUGCAACAUUCACCUCCAUAUACAUGCACGUGGUUUGGCAGGAUGACAGAUAAUGUUUCACACACUGGAACAUAUAGUGACAGCAUUCGAGCGUUCACUGGAGCGGUGAUUGCGUCGUACGGGACACACCUCGCCCUCCUGUUAAAUGAUCACAGGCUCAGUCGGGUCACCAAACACCUGACUCGCAGUCACAGAAGGUCAUGUCCAAAGUGGAAAAAUUAAAGGAGUUGAACCUUCGCGCUCUCUUGAGGGAGCUGCGCACUGACAUCGCCAUGGCAGUGGAUGACCCGUUCCCUCUAGUCUACGGUUUGGUAGACAAAAACAUCAUCACUGAGCAACAGUUGAAGGAAACUCUUGCCAAAGAACGAGCUGAAGGGAUCCAUAAGGCCAUGUACUCCUUGUUGUCCUGGGUUUUGGAGAGGAGCAAAUCCACAAUCCAGUCCUUCUGGAGCAACUUAUCCAAAGACUACAACACAGAGAGCUACCCCAAACUGCAGACCCUGUUGGCUAACCUGCAUUCCAGAUGUAACACUGCAAGUUCCAAAACUGAAAACAGAUCUUCUGGAGUUUCUCACGGCAAGAAAAGGAGCCAUGAAAACACCGGGACGAACUCCCGUUAUCUCGCCAAGACGAGCACUACAGGAAGUAAAGUGAAGCUCUACAGAGUGAAGAGUGAAGCCCCAACUCCAAAGAUGCCAACAGGAAACAGCAAACAUGGAGCACCUUCAUCAUUCCAGGGAGGUAUACCUUUGGCGUCUUCGACAGAUUCAAAAAAACAAAACUUACAGAUCAAGCAAGAACACAGCUUUGGUGGUUCCAAUAGAACAAACAUUAAAAUUAGUGAAGGUUUUUAUCCUUGUAGCUUGAAGGAGGAAGCAAAUGCAGAUUUGCCAGAGACUGCUACAAACCCAUUUCGCCACCAGGGAGAGACAACCACAAGCAUGAUGAUUCAUUGUAACGAUGAUGAGUGUGCGGUGUGUAAGGAUGGAGGAGAGCUGAUUUGCUGUGACGGCUGUCCUCGGGCCUUUCAUCUAACAUGCCUCAACCCUCCCCUGGUUUCCAUACCAAGAAGGUUACAUUCUGUGGAAUCCUUUAGUGGCUCUUGGCAGUGUGACCGGUGCCGAGGAUUUACAGUGAAAAGUGAGAAAGCCUCGCUCCUUUUAGAAGCUCUGUCAGGCCAGCCUCUGCAUGAAAACAAAGCAUCCAGUGACUCCGUCACAGACGUUUCCUUUUACUCCUCAAACUCAUCCACCCUCCCAGCGUCUGUGAGUGCAUCAAGUAGCAAAACUCAGUGCUCAGGUGGGGAGCUGGUGGUAGUGAGGGAAGCGUGUGGCGUCUGUCACCUUGGAGGAGGAGACCUGUUGCAUUGCCUUCAGUGUUUCCAGGGUUUCCAUGUGCGUUGCCACUUCUCCAAGGGGUCCUCCAUCUGCUCGUCAUGCUCCAGGCUGUGGAGCAGCUCUGCAGAGAAAGAGGCUGAGCUUAGAGGCCUGCAGCUCGCACCGGAACAGAACACAUCCAGUCAUGAUCAGAGCACCUCCAUCUCUGAGCCAAUAAUUAAAAGAGAUGAUGUGGACUCCAUCAUUACAGAGCAAAACUCCAUUGAUGGCAUCUUGCAGUGGGCCUUUCAAAGCAUCUCCCGGCCUCUUCAGGACUCCCAGGGUUGUUUCCAGUGAGAGAAAGUCAAGCACCAUGGCUUCACAGCAUUCCUGAAGAGGACUGCGGGUCAGUGCUGACGUGGGACAUUUGGCAGAGGGUCAAAGCAUAACUGCCUCGUCCAGACUGGGUCUUCAAAAUGAAAUUACAUAAACUUUAUGUCACGCUCAUCAAUCAAUAAAAAAUCCGCGCAGAGCUUGUUU